UUUUUCUCUGCUGCAAGCUUCCAAAAUGACAAAGAAAAGAAGGAACAACGGUCGUGCCAAAAAGGGCCGCGGCCAUGUUCAGCCUAUUCGCUGCACGAACUGUGCCCGAUGCGUGCCCAAGGACAAGGCCAUUAAGAAAUUCAUCAUUCGAAACAUAGUGGAGGCCGCAGCAGUCAGGGAUAUUUCUGAAGCAAGCGUCUUUGAUGCCUAUGUACUUCCCAAGCUCUAUGUGAAGCUACAUUACUGUGUGAGUUGUGCAAUUCACAGCAAAGUAGUCAGGAAUCGAUCUCGUGAAGCCCGCAAGGACCGAACACCGCCACCCCGAUUUAGACCUGCGGGUGCUGCCCCACGACCCCCACCAAAACCCAUGUAAGGAGCUGAGUAAAAGAUUGAAGACAACUAUUCCCUGGAGAAAAAUAAAAUGGAAAUUGUACU